UUCUCUACAUUCAUAUCCUUUAACUUCUUUUUAAACCAUCAUAUCCUUUAAUUAAACCCUUAAAUUAAAUUUUUUUCACUAAUUGUUAAAUACUUGAUUUGAAAAAUGAAUACUAUUGGAUUCAAAUCUUUGCCUGGAUUUUCCGGUUUGGUCGACGGCAAUAAUUUUUCAUGCAACGUGAAAAAAUCAGGAAGUGGUUUGGUAAUUAAGGCGGUAGCUUCCGGAUCACGGCAGACUGUGCCGAUGAACGUCGCCGUCGGCACCCAUAAUGGCUUAGUCAAGACUCUGAUUCCGGAUGGUUCAACCUUAGAGAAACCCAUUUUAGCUAAUGGGCAUGCAGAGAAAACUCAAAACUCAUUGUCACAAAUUGGAAAUUCAACCAACAUAAAAUGGCAUGAAUGUUCAAUUGACAAAAAUAGCAGACAGAAUUUGCUGAAUCAAAAGGGUUGUGUUAUAUGGAUCACAGGCCUCAGUGGUUCAGGCAAGAGCACAGUAGCAUGUGCAUUGAGUCAAAUGUUGUACCAAAGAGGAAAGCUGACUUACAUUCUUGAUGGAGACAAUCUUAGACAUGGUCUUAAUAGCGAUCUUGGUUUCAAAGCAGAAGAUCGAGUUGAGAAUAUUCGUAGAGUUGGGGAAGUGGGGAAGUUGUUUGCAGAUGCUGGAAUUAUAUGCAUUGCAUGUUUGAUAUCUCCAUACCGGAAGGAUCGCGACGCUUGUCGCAAAAUUUUAGCCGACGGAGAUUUCAUCGAGGUGUUGAUGGAUGUUCCUCUUCGAGUUUGCGAGUCUAGAGAUCCCAAGGGGCUCUAUAAGCUUGCUCGUGCAGGCAAAAUCAAAGGCUUUACUGGCAUUGAUGAUCCUUAUGAACCACCACUACGUUGUGAGAUAUCACUGAAAUUUGACAGUGGAGAAAAUGCUUCCCCUGGUGAAAUGGCUGAAAAAGUAAUUUCUUACAUGGAAGAGAAUGGAUAUCUUCAAGCUUAAAUUUACACUUUUAUUUCACCUCCAUGUAUUUUUCUUAGGUUUAGGAUUAAUGCCAAUAUAGCAUUACUUUUCAUUAUAUGUAAAUGCAAAUAUGUUUAUUUCCUGAAGAAAUAUGUAGUUUAAUUAAUUUUGGAAGAAUUCAUAAAGAUAAGGUAAGAGCUAGUUGCUGCUUAGCUUUUUGUA